CGUGCUGUCGUGCUAAGCAGACAGAUAUACAGUUAUUUACGUAAUUUCUUGCAAAAUCUUAUGAAUAAAGUACAAAAUGAUUUCUAAAAAUGAAUAUCCAAAUGAAUAAAUAAUGAAAUAAAUUUAUAGUAAAAUAAACAUUUAAUUAAAAUGGCAUCUGUGAAUAAAAGUUAUGUGAAUACAGAGGGAUUAGAAAUGAAUGAUAUGGACGUCCCUAAGACAAAGACUGAAAGUUCAAAUUGCUACAGCUACGAAGAGGCCUUGAACAUUACGGGCCACGGCAGAUACAACACGGCCCUCCUGGCAGCGUGUUUCAUGGUGAUCCUGGCUAUGGGCAUCGACAUCUUCGGACUCGGCAUCAUCGUCACCGCAGCCACCUGCGACCUUGGCAUGAGUCUCCGGGAGAUCGGAGUGCUGUCUUCCAUGCCUUUUGCUGGUAUAAUAGUGAUGUCGUACCCCUGGGGCUACCUGUCAGACACUAAGGGUCGCAAGUUGGUGCUGGUGUGGGCGAUGUGUGGCAGCUUUAUUAGCUCCGUGGUAAGCAGCUUGGCUCCCAACUGGCAAGUGCUCGCGGCUAGCCGGUUCAUCAGCGCCGCGUUGUCAAGCGCUGGCGAGUCAGCAACCUACGCGCUGCUGGGAGAAUGCUGUAACGCGAAGACCAGAGCCCGCUACAUGCUGCUUAUCACCAGCGUGCUUAUGCUCACUCCCACUCUAUACUACAUCUGGGGCUACUUCAUAAUGAAGCUGAACUUCUCCUACUCUCUUUCUAUUAUCACACUGCGGCCGUGGAGGUUGUUGACCUUAGUGAUGGCGCUCCCUCUGGGGGUGGCAGCUCUGAUGCUCUACUUCCUGCAUGAGAGCCCCAAGUUUCUCGCCAACGUGCGCAGGAGUGACGAGGCGAUAGAAGUCUUGAAGAAGAUCUAUAUCGUCAACGGGGGGAAGGAGGAGUUUCCUGUGAAGCAGUUGUACAUAGAAGACGAGAACACGGAGGAAGUGGGCAAGGUGUCCCUCCGCUCCCUCUGGACGCAAAUCGCUCCCCUCUUCAAGCCCCCUCUCUUAGGGAGGACCAUGCUGCUCUACUACUUGACCUUCGUCGUUUAUAUCGCUAACAACAGCUUCGCAAUCAUCCUGCCAACGAUCUUCAACGUGUUCUUCCAGUCGUACGCCAGCAGCGACGCCGGCGCAGGCUUCUGCUCGCUCUUCGCUGAGGGCUCUACCAAUGAGACUAUCAGUGACGUUACUGUGGUUGAAACAUCAGAAUGCACAAACACCAUAGAAGACAACACGAUUUGGGCCGGCUGCGCACACGGCGUUUCCUUCUUUGUGCUGAACGUGCUCAUCUCGUUCGUAGCUGGGAGAAGAAAAGUGCUAACCAUCGUGAUCCUGGUCAUAGCGGCGGCAGCGGCGAUCGCUAUCGACAACACCGGCGGCGCCAUCUCGGGGCUGGUACUCUUCUACGUCUACCUCACCACUGCCAUGGUCUUCGGGGUAGUUUCUUCAUACUUCGUCGAUCUGUAUCCUACUUCCUACAGAGGCAUGGUGGCGUGCCUGGGUAUGAUGGUUGCUCGUCUGAGUGCUUUCACCGGCACCAACAUUCUCAGCACCACCAUGACUGGACACUGCACUGAGACUUUGUAUGGAGGAGCCGCGCUGGUCAUCAGUGGUGCCAUAGCCGCUUCGUUUUUACCAAGUGAUGGAAAAGAGUUACCUAUUUAAUAAAACAUUUAUUUAUAAUUUAAAACUUAUUACAUUACAUCAUAAACAUAAAUAGCAUAUAUACGUCUCACUGCUGAGCAAGGGCCUCCCCUCAAUCAACCGGAGGGAGUAUGGAGCAUAUCCCGUCGUAGCGUUAUCCCGUUUCCACAAGGUCCGCUUACUUAACCUGAAGAUUUCACAGGUCCGGUUUUACAGAAGCGACUGCCUGUCUGACCUUCCAACCCUCGAAGGGAAAACCAGCCCUAUACAGAUAAGGUCACAUACCUCCGAAACGCAUUUCUCGAGUCUGUGCGUUUCCUCACGAUGUUAUCCUUCACCGCUGAGUAUGUGAUAAUCAUUAUGAUCUAAACAUGGAUUCGAAAACAGAUUGGAAUUUUUUUUUGUAUGUUUCCUUUAUCUUUUUUUUCAGUAACGAAAUAAAUACUAAUGAAUAAAUACAAGCCGCUGGAUGCGGGCAGCGCACGACCGAUCGUCGUGGAGAUCCUUGGAGGAGGCCUAUGCCCAGCAGUGGGCGUCGUACGGCUGAUGAUGACAAAUACAAUGAUAACUAAUUGUAAAAACACAUAAAAGUUUCAUAAACACGUGUACUGCUUGAAAACAGUUGAAAUCUUAUUGUUUUUUAGAUAGUUUUUUUUCUAAAUAACUGUUUACUACAAAUCGACAUAUUAUAUAUUAUGUAUUUUUUUUAUUAUUUCCUUAUUUAGGCAUAUGAUUCUUCCUAAUUUUAUCUUAAGUUAUGACGUAAUAUUCUUAUAAAUACCUAACAUUUUCUUAUCCGCCGAAAAGGAAAGGGACGGAUGAUUGACAACUGUCAAUUUUAAAAUAAAUAAGUUAAUUAAUGAAUAAUCCGGGCGAAUAAAAGAGGCAUCUCGCUGGUAUGCAACUCGUCAGCCUUGUGCUAUCAACUUAA